UGUUUUUUUUUUAUACGAGACGACAAGAAAUGGAGCUACUUUACAGUUUUUAUACGUCGUCAGUUCUCGAUUUAAUAUGAAGCAGAGGCGAAUUUCAGCGUUACUCACUGUCGGCGCAGUGACUGACUUUUCCUGCGACUUCUAAAGGCUGUUCAAAGAAAUUUGUAGAGCCUCGGGCCGUCGUAGAUCUUUUGUGAACAUGGAGAAAGUUGAGAUGUUUGAUGUUGUAAAAGUGACUGAAGAGGUGGAGAGCACCUACAACCAAAUGGAGGUGACUGCUCCAAAAAAGAGGAAGGGCAAAACCCAAGAAGACAGUGUUGAGAAACCUAAGAAGCCCAGGUCUGCCUACCUGCUUUACUACUUUGAUGUUCACCAGAUUAUGCAACUUGGAAUCCCUAAUAUGCCACAGUCAGAGAUCAACAAGCGUAUCAGUGAGAGCUGGAAAAGGCUGAGCGUAGCUGAGAAAAGCUACUAUCUGGAGAAAGCCAAGCUGGAGAAGGAGGGCAUAGAUACAUCUUCUCUCAGCCCCUCAAAAGACCUCCCAGGCUUCCGCAAAAUCCUACCAAGAGCCAGCUACUUUCUCUUGUCCAAAGGCUGCUCCUCAAAUCACCAGCCAGAAGGCUCUCAGUCAGAAAUGAGCGCUGAGUCUCUGGACAGUCCAACUGAAAAAGACUCAAUCUCUCUGAACCAGGAGCCCCAGUUCACCCCUCUCGGGUUGGCUGGUGAGGUGGAGCUUUCUGAACACCCCAUUUCUGUUGAAGAUACUACAGAUGAACCAGCAGUGGUGUCUCAUUCCAUAGCCCUCCAAGGAAUCCCACCCUCCUCUCCCUCCUCUGUUUCAUCCAAAGCUACAAGCUCCACAGAUACCUACGUCUCACAGGGCUCUGACUUCACAUCAAAUGGAGUCCCACUGAAAGGAAAGACAAGAGUUGCUGGUAGCGGUUGUGGUGGAGCGAUGGUUCAGCAGACGCAGGUGGAAGCUACUCAGGUGGUUGCCAUCAUACCCACUCAGAACUUGCUCGAGCCCAAGUCUUUGGCAGGUGUCAGUACUGUGGGCCCAGUGAUGAUGGUCUCUGUGGGAGCUAGCUUAGAGCAAAGUGCCAAACCUUCUUAUAAAAUGUCUGUAAAAACGUACACCAGGAGAGGUCGAGGGAGGUGCCUGAAUCCUGGCUGUUCAUUUAUUUAUGUCACCCGCCACAAACCGCCAACCUGCCCUGUGUGUGGCAGCCACUUGGGUGGAAAAUGGAUACCUGCUGCAAAAAGGACACAGGAGAAAGAAGCUGCAUUGAAACAACUGCAAAGGACUGCUGAAACCAAGACUAAUGAAAGCUGUCAGGCCACAGCGCCGCCUGCGCAGGAACAGAGUGUUGAUGUUGCUAAAACAAACACUACAGGGAGCAACAAAGAAUGGCAAGUUCAGCGGGGCACCAGAAAGCAGCGUGCAGCUUCAGCUGAAACGCCACCAGAGGGCAGCAGCACCAAGCAAACGGCUCCAGCAAGCAGACAAGUGAACGACAAUCCUAAAUGUGCCAUAAUCCAGAAUCAGGACAGGAGCACUGCUGCUGUGCAGAAGAGGCCUGUGAGACCCAUCCUCCCUGCCUGCUAUAACACAGGCCGGGCUCUGUUUCAGAUCAUAACUGUCCCACCUGACAAUGGAAAAUUUCAAGGUGUAAACAACAAUAAAUCAUCCAUAGUGUCUCGAGAGAGUUUGUCAGGUCUAAAACCCAGCACUUUAAAGCAGCUCGGUCAGGCGAUCCCAUCAACCACAGCCACCCAGGGUUCUCCUGUCCCAGCAGACAGAAGUCAGUCUAUGUCUUCACUGACUGAUAAGAGAAUGAAUAUCUUGUCAGUUGUGCCUUUCAAACAGCACACAGUUUCCAGCUUUGACUUGGGACUUUCCACAGCACGGGGGAGAGGUCGGUGUAAGAACCCAUCUUGUGACUAUAUGUAUAAGAACAGACACAAACCUGCCGUGUGCCCUAAAUGUGGAUAUGAGCUGACCCAGAAGAAUGCCAAGGCAACAAAGUCUGAGACUUUGCUGGAUCCAUAUCAAGCUCUGAGUCCUACUCAGAAGGACAUCCAGCGCCAAAACACUCUGCAGCUACUGCGCAGUUCUCUGCAGAUUCCAGAGAGCGACACUGAGCUUCAAGAAACGUUAACCCUCAUCCAGGAGCUCAACAGUCUACAGAUUGUCUUGGUUCAACUGGGCGAUCAGGAGCAGGAAAACAACGUUGACACCGAGACGCUUGUUGAGUCUGGGUGGCCUCAGUUUUAUGAAUCAGCAGCUACUCACUGUGGCCUGUGUAACUACCCGCUCUUCAAAGGAGGUCAGAGUACUGUUGCAGGACAGGAGGACUGUUGGCUUCUCACUGAGACACUGAUGCAGACAGCCUCCCUCCAGCUCAAAGUGUGUCUCAAUAUUCAGUGUCUGGCCCUGCACAGCUUCACUGACCUGCAUCCAGGUUUGUUCAACAUUGGGAACAGACUGCUGGUGAGUAUUGACCUGUUCCUGAAGAUCAGGGCCAACAUCAAGCAGGGCCACACCCCCUCUCAGGCAGCCAGGACUAUACUAGACCACGUCCCCAAUCAUCCUGUUCAUGCUCUUAGUUCAGACGAAUCCUCUCAAAUUCAAGAACUCCUCCUGAGUGGCUACUGGGCCUUUGAGUGUCUCACAGUACGAGACUACAACGAUAUGAUCUGUGGCAUUUGCGGUUUUGCUCCUAAGCUAGAGAUUGCAGAGCGAUACACGAACAACGUGCUGGAGCUCAAGAAUGUGGAGUUCACCUGGCCUGAGAUUUCAGUCUCAGAUGAGGUACAUGUGGAUGACUUCUGGCUGACCAUGGAGAGUGAGGCUAUUGAGCAAGCAGCUUUCCCCACAGAUAUCCCUAUCACACGGGUGGAUGCUUCUAUCAUCGCUCCCUUCACCCCUCCUCUGAUGAGGAGUGCCACUGUUAUCAACACAGAGAAGGACAAGCUCCUGCCACACAUACAGCUGCCCUCAGGAGAUCCUUCAGUUUUGGUGCGUCUUAUUCAUGACGGCCAGCUGAGACUUGACAGGAUUGAAGACCACAGUGAGGAUGAGUUGAGAACAGUACUGGACCGCUGCGGGACGAAUAUCCCACCAGGCUCCACCAAGAUGGAGAUGUUGGCCUCUCUGAUCUCCUUGUACACGCUUGUUCAUAGUGGCCUCUCCACAGCCCCACAACCCCCUGCACAACUCACUGCUGGCAAACUGUCCAAAGUCUGCCCUCACAAGGUGGUUUGUGCCUCUAAGUACUUGGUAAGAGGAGAGACGGCUCGAGACCACGUUGACCUGCUGCUGUCGUCGCGCUACUGGCCUCCAAUCUAUGUUUGCGAUUGUGCUCGUCAGGUUGCACUUUGUGCAGACAUGCAGUAUCCAGAGCUGGCAAACCAGAUGUGGGGAAGGAACCAGGGCUGCUUCUCUGACCCCUUUGAAAAGCCACAGUUUGUGUCGUGUGCUGAACUGCAAGACCAGCCGUACAGUGCUGACCUGUCCCUGGUAGCGGAGAACCAGAACAUCCACCCCAUCACCAAAUCUUCUUCUUGCUGGCUGGUUCAUCCUCCAGGAGCAGCCAAGGAGCCUCCUGCUCAGGAGCACCACUCCAUGUUCCUCUGCAGAGACCUGGAGCCCUACAUCAGCCUGGUGGCUGAUCUGGAGAUGGAGAAGGAAGGGGAGGAUUGCAAAGAGGCAGAGCAGAAAGAACAGGCAGAUACAUCCGAGAAUGCCUCCAUAGAAAAAUCAGAGGACUGUUCAUCAGUUAGUUGUGCACGGAAACAACCUGUGGUCUUCAGCAACACAGCUUAUUACUACCUGUACAACCGUCUGGUAGAUUUCCUCACUAGCAGAGACAUUGUGAGCCAGCAGAUCAACCAGGUUGUGAAGGCCUGCCAGCCUGGAGAGGUAGUGAUCAGGGAUGCUCUGUACCGGCUGGGAGUGGCACAGAUCAACACAGAGAAAGAGGAGGAUGAAGGAAGUGGCAUGGAGAGGCAGAUACAGGAGGAAGGGGCUGAGACAUUUCAGGUUGUCGUACCGGUAUAAGAAUGUUCAGGUGGAUGAAUCAACCAGCAAGCAGAGAGAAUGGACAGAACAUAAAAUGGCUGCAUGCAAAGAAAAGACUGAAGAAAACAGAAGUGCCAAAACAAGAGAUGCAAGUGGAGCAUUUUGGAAGUGAUACAGUGUUGGGGUUAAGUGUUAAAGUGCUAUAUUGAGGGUAAUUCUGUGCUGGAGAGUAUUUCGUGGUUAAAACUGAUGGCUAGUCUGUGCAACCACACAUUUAGUCAGCUAUACAUCGCUAACAGGUUUUACAGAUGCUAGGAAUAGGCUGAAUUUGGAUAAAGUGUGUUUGUAGUAGUAUAGAACUGUACUAGGUAUGGAGAAGAACGCAGAGUGGUUAGUUACAUUUACUAUGAAGGUACUAAAAUAGGAUUUUUAUUUCAGGAUGCAAGCUACAGUGUGAGGCCAUUUUUUACCCAUCUUUAACUAAUAUGGAGGAUAAGAAUAGAGCAAGUCACGAUGAUGGAGAUUGCAUGUCAAAGUUCUCAUUCUAAAAUGACUAAAAUAAUGUAUUAUAUGUAUUUUUUUUUUAACCAUUAUGAUACCAGUAGAUUAAAAAAAAAUCAAAAGUAUACACGAGUCAGCCACAACAUUAAAAACGCAGAUUAAGUAAAGAAAACUGAUUAUUUUGUUAUGAUGCAAUGUUCUGCUGGGAAAUUGUGAGUCCUGGGAUUCCUGUGGAUGUUACAACAUUGUUCCACACCAACAAAACACACCACCCUCCAUGACAUUGGCACUCCCAGACAGCAGUGAUCUCCCCCAGCAGAACAAUGUGCCUACCACAUUUCAAAAACUGCUGAGGAACAGCUCGAGGAAUAUAGCCAAGGUGUUGACCUAGGAUCUUAAUUCCCCAGAUUGUGACUGAUACAGAUCCACAGAUGCCCUACACUGCAACCCAAAAGAUCCAGUGGCAGAUGCACAGUACACCCUCAAAGAUUCAGAUUCAGAUUCAGACAACUUUAUUUGUCCCCAGCAGGCAAUUAAAAAGGCACGUAGAGCAGGCAGUCCAACAAUGACGUAAUAAAGAGAGGGAUUAAUAUAUAUACAAAUCUAGCAAGUAAUAUAAGAAUAAAAAUAAAAAAGAAAUAAGACAAAAAGCACAGCUUAGUCACAUGUUAGUGCAAAUAUGUCACACAUAGUGCAAAUACCAAUGAAAGUAGAUACAAGAAUAUAUCACGGUAGAUAUAAAUUGCAGACUGCAAAAUGGCAUAGUUCACAGAGGUCCAUGUUAAAGUCCGUGUGUGGUGGUGGUGGGGGGUGGAGGGUAGUGUUAUGGUUCAUGAGUUGAGGAGUUGGACUGCCCUGGGUACAAAGGUAGCCCUUCUCCUCUGUGUCCUGCAUGCAGGGCAGCGAAGCCGUUGACCAGAAGGAAGCUACUCAAAUGCAGAGAAGAGAGCAUGUGAGGGGUCACGGAUGAUCCGGUUUGCCAGUCUACAUGUUAAAUGUUCAUACACUGCAGACAGAGUUCUGAGAGGCAGUCCUAUGAUUUUUGAGCAGACCAGUGACAGUCUGCCAAAGGCCCUGUGUAGAUGCCCCAACAGGUCAGACCUGUUUUCAUGGCAUGAAGGCCACCUAGUGGCUUUAAUGUUGUGGCUGGUCAGUGUAGGUAAAGUUGCUAUAAGCUUGACACCUCAAUCAAUAUUUUCCUGUGACUGAACGAAUGUAAGCAGGGUUUUAUUAACUCAGCUACUUCAGACCUAAAUGUAAAUAUUUAACCGUGAGUGGUAUGACAUAUUUAUUACACUUCUGUGUUCAGACAUUUCUGCUUUGUUUUAAAAUUCUUACCUCUAAACUACCACUUGCUGCCUUUGUAGAAUGCUUUUAGAAGGUGGUGGUAAGAUAUUUAUCUGUUGAUUGUACUCAGAAUGUGGUAAUGGACCUUUUGCUGUUGGUCUUUCUUUGAUUUGCAAUGCAUUAUCAUCACAUUCAAACACACAGGGAACCAGUCAGCGUUUGAGAAGCAUCUGAAGUACUUUAGUAAAUCUACCUGCAUGAAAUACUUCAAAGAGAUUUCUCUCUUUUUUUGUUGAUGUUGUUAGUAAAGAUCUUAUGUUCCGUGUGACAACUGAAAUGAGUGGUUGACUAACAAAACCUUUAUGAAAGUUGGAGACUGCACUUAUCAGCUCUAUUGAUCAAGAGACACCAUAACUGCGAUGUACAUUGUGUAGAUAUAGUAAUAGAUGGACCAAGUGUGCCCUGUAAUUUAAACUGCUAUUGUAACAAAUAAAUAUAAAUAGAUGGAA